AAACAGGUGAUUUUGGGCACUGUUCGUGGAAAAGUUCUGUUUUAUGCUGUUGCUAACGGCGAGCUAAUGGCUGAGGUAUGCGCCCACGCGAGAUCAGUGACAUGCAUCUCUGUUGCACCUGAAAGUGCCUACGUACUGACUGCUUCGGAAGACGGGCGAUUUAUUGUGUACAAAUUACAUACUAGAAAACCACAAGCUUAUCAGGUCGAAUACCGAUACUCUGAUGAAUUAGCAAAUUGCGCCAUUAUGGGAGCUCAGUUCACGAAUGGUCGAGGAAGUAACAUCGCGGUGGCAUGCUUCGAUCGAAAUGCCAUUUAUGGAUAUCGUAUUGUGAAAAAAACGGCAGCUUGA